ACCCCAACCUACCUGUAUGCUUGGAUUUGUAGAUUGUUUGUGGUGGUUUGAGAACUUGAACAUUGGGUUUUUUGGAACCCUUGUGGAUUUUUGCCAUGGAUCAAGGGUGGAAACAGUUACCCUUGCUAGUGAUGAUCUUGCUUUUUUGGAGAAGUGCUGAUGGAUUUAGAGGUGGAGCUCAUUCCAAUGCCCAUCCUGAUACUCUCUCACCUCGUGCAGUCCAGUCUUCUAUGUCAGAAGCCCGUGUGACUGGGGCUUUGCCUGUUGAAGAAGUGGGCUCCAGUUUGUUCCCUAGCAGACCCCUGAAAAGCAGAUCGAAGUUUAAUCUCCUCCAGUUUGUCAAAGGUGGUUCCAUCAGCUCUCAGUCAACAUCCCAUGCCCAAACUGCUCCAAGCAGCUCUGUCUCUGCUUCCCUGCCUCUGCCUGUAGAUGCUCAGCCUUCAAGCGGUUUGACGUCCUCUGGAUCAGCCUUUCAAGGUGCUGCUGAUUUGACAUCCUCUGGAUCAACCUUUCAAGGUGCUGCUAGUGGACUAAGUUUGCAAACCCAGUAUGCUGCUAGUGGACCCGUCACUUCUACCCAAGGAGCGAGUAGUUACCCUGCCGAGCUUGUUUCUGGCCAGUCCACCAGUGAUAGUCUGCCUGUGUCCAGCUCCCUGGAAACUUAUGCUCUUCAACCAGCAGAAGCCUCUUUGCCUGUGUUCUCCCAGGAGAGUAUCUCUCACAGCAGUUCAUCAGCUCCAGGUGCAAUUUUUCAAAGUAGCCCUGUAUUUUCAGAGGGCACAGGUCAACAUGUACCUCUUCAGGGUGAAGGUAGCUACAGUGGUUUGUCUCAAGGUGCCUUUAGUCAAUAUACCCCAGACUCCAAUACCAAGCUCAGUUCGACCUCUUCUAGUCCAUCUACUGGUGACCAGAGUUCCCCUAGUCUUAGUUCCAGCUCUCAGGGUAGUUCUGGCAUGUUUUUAGCUUCUGGUUCUUCCUAUCUAGCGGAAGCAGCAGGACUUGGUCAUCUUGACUUCUCUGCCAAAUCUCCAGAGACAUCCAGUCUGCAUCUGCCCAUGCCUUUGGUAUCUAGCCAGUCUACUAAUGGUCAAGGCACCCCUAGUCUGCUUAUGGUUGGCCCUCAGAGCAGUUUGGGCAGUGUCUCCUACAGUAGCUUAUCUAGCCAGGCUCAAGGCUCUGCCUCUUCUCAGAGUGGCUCUGGGGCUGAAUUUUCUCCAAGUUAUUUCCAAUCUAGCCCUGCACAAGUAGGAAGUGAUAGUUACAGUGGUUUGCCCCAGUCUCUCAGUGCCUCUAGUCUGUAUACUCCAGAAUCCCUGAUGUCUAACAAACUUGAUACUUUACCCCUGGGGGUUUCUAGCCAGUCCACAAGUGCUAAAAGUUCACCUAGUGUGUCUAUGUCAAGCACUCGGUUAGCAACUUCUAGUAGUUAUCUCCCUGUACAAGGAGGAAGUAGCUCUCCUAGUUUAUCUCUGGGCACUGUCAGUGCUUCCAUGUCUGCUCCCCAAGCUAUGUAUAGCCAGUCCACAGGUAGCAGGUCUUCCUAUAGAACUGUUUCUCAGUUUGGGUCUCCGUCUCAAACCGGUGCCUCUGGUCAGUUUACAUCUCAGGGAGGUAACUAUUACAGUGGGUUGGCUUCACAGUCUCAAGCUGUCUCUAGUCCAUCCGUUUCUGGUAACUUAAAGCCCAUUUCUUCACCCCAGGGCACUUCCAGUCAGGCAACUAGUGUUUUGAGUUCCCCUAAGCAAUUUACAUCUACCUCCCAAGGUAGCUCUGGGGCUUCAUUUGGGGCCUCUACUGGUUUUGCCUCACAGGGAAUAAGCAGCUCUUCCAGUGGUUCUGUCCAGUCUCAGGGUAGCACAAGUCAGUUUUCCCCUGGUGCAGAUAGUCAGUCUACUACUGUUCAGAGUUCACGUAAGCAGUUUAUCUCUAGCUAUGGCACCCAGACAGGAUCUUCUGCUCCCUUCACCCUGCAAGGAAGCUUUGCUUCUGGUGGCUCACCACUGGCUCAAGGUACUGCAAGUCAACUUGCUCCUGUGUCUCCCUCGCAUCCAAGUGCAUUAUCCCCAUCCCAAGGUGUUGCCAGUCAGUCUACUAUUCAUGUUUCUCGAAAGCAGUUUACCUCUACUUACACAGGCAGCUCUGGUGCCCAGGCUGGGUCCUCUGCUCCCUUCACUCUGCAAGGAAACACUGCUUAUGGUGGAUCACCUCAGCCUCAAGAUACUGCAAGUCAGUUUGCCCCUGGAUCCUCCUAUGCAAGUGUAUCCUUGUCCUCACCCCAAGCUAUUGCUGGUCCUACAACGGUUCAGAGUUCACGGAAGCAGUUUACCUCUGCCUCCCAGGAUAGCUCUGGGGCUCUGUUUGGGGCUUCUACAGGUUUUGCCUCUCAAGGAAUGAGUAGCUCUUACAGUGGUUCUGUCCAGUCUCAAGGUACCGCAAGUCCGUUUGCCCCUGGAUCUCCAUCUUCCUACGCAGGUGUGUCACUGUCUUUACCCCAAGCUGGUCCAUCUACUGCUGUUCAAGCUUCUCUGAAGCGGCCUACCUCUACCUACAUGGGCAGCUCUGACACCCAGGCAGGAUCCUCUACUCGCUUCACCCUGCAGGGAAGCACUGCUUAUGGAGCACCUCUGUCUCAAGGUACCGCAAGUCAGUUUGCCCCUGGAUCUCAAUCGUACUAUACAGGUGUGUCACUGUCUUCACCCCAAGCUGGUCCAUCUACUGCUGUUCAAGGUUCUUUGAAGCAGCCUACCUCUACCUACAUGGGCAGCUCUGGGACCCAGGCAGGAUCCUCUACACUCUUAGGCCUUCAGGGAAGCACUACUUAUGGUGCAUCACUGCCUCAAGGUACCGCAAGUCAACUUGCUCCAGUGUCUUCCCCAUAUGCAAGUGGAUCACUGUCCUUACCCCAGCUUGUUGCUGGUCCUACUACUGUUCAGAGUUCAGGAAAGCAAUUUGCCUCUACAUUCACAGGCAGCUCUGGCACCCAGGCAGGGUCCUCUACUCGCUUCACCCUGCAGGGAGGCAUUGCUUACGGUGGAUCACAGCCUCAAGAUACCACAAGUCAUUUUGCCACUGGGUCAUAUUCCCCAUAUGCAAGUGUAUCACUGUCCUCACCUCAAGGUCUUGCUGGUCCUACCACUGUUCAAAGUUCACAGAAGCGGCUUACUUCUACCUUUACAGGCAGCUCUGGCACCCAGGCAGGAUCCUCUACUCGCUUCACCCUGCAGGGAAGCACUGCUUAUGCAUCACCUCAAUCUCAAGGUACCGCAAGUCAGUUUGCCCCUGGAUCUCAAUUGUACUAUACAGGUGUGUCACUGUCUUCACCCCAAGCUGGUCCAUCUACUGCUGUUCAAGCUUCUCUGAAGCGGCCUACCUCUACCUACAUGGGCAGCUCUGACACCCAGGCAGGAUCCUCUACUCGCUUCACCCUGCAGGGAAGCACUGCUUAUGCAUCACCUCAAUCUCAAGGUACCGCAAGUCAGUUUGCCCCUGGAUCUCAAUCGUACUAUACAGGUGUGUCACUGUCUUCACCCCAAGCUGGUCCAUCUACUGCUGGUCAAGGUUCUUUGAAGCAGCCUACCUCUACCUACAUGGGCAGCUUUGGGACCCAGGCAGGAUCCUCUACACUCUUAGGCCUUCAGGGAAGCACUACUUAUGGUGCAUCACUGCCUCAAGGUACCACAAGUCAACUUGCUCCUGGGUUUUCCCCAUAUGCAAGUGUAUCACUGUCAUCACCCCAAGGUGUUGCUGGUUCUACUGCUGUUCAGAGUUCAAGAAAGCAGCUCGCUUCUACCUUUACAGGCAGCUCUGGGGCUCAGUUUGGGGCCUCUACUGGUUUUGCAUCAGCAGUGAGUAGCCGUUACAGUGGCUCUAGCCAGUCUCAAGGUACCGCAAAUCAGUUUGCCCCUGGAUCUCCAUCUUCCUAUGCAGGUGUGUCACUGUCUUCACCCCUAGCUGGUCCAUCUACUGCUGUUCAAGCUUCUCUGAAGCAGCCUACCUCUACCUACAUGGGUAGCUCUGACACCCAGGCAGGAUCCUCUACUCGCUUCACCCUGCAGGGAAGCACUGCUUAUGUAUCUCCUCAGUCUCAAGGUACCACAAGUCAGUUUGCCCCUGGAUCUCAAUCGUACUAUGCAGGUGUGUCACUGUCUUCACCCCAAGGUGUUGCUGGUUCUACUACUGUUCCGAGUUCAAGAAAGCAGCUAGCUUCUACCUUUACAGGCAGCUCUGGGGCUCAGUUUGGGGCCUCUACUGGCUUGGCAUCAGAAGGAGUGAGUAGCCGUUACAGUGGCUCUGUCCAGUCUCAAGGUACCGCAAGUCAGUUUGCCCCUGGAUCUCUUUCCUCCUAUGAAAGUGGAUCACUGUCCUCACCCCAAGCUGUUGCUGGUCCUACUACUGUUCAGGGUUCACGGAAGCAGUUUACCUUCAGAGGCAGCUCUGGCACCCAGACAGGGUCCUCAACUCUCUUCACCCUACAGGGAAGCACUGCUUAUGGUGAAUCACCUCAGCCUCAAGAUGCUGCUAGUGAGUUUGCCUCUGGCUCUCCAACCCCAUAUGCAAGUGUGUCACUGUCCUCACCCCAAGGUGUUGCUGGUCAGUCGAGCCAAGCAUAUCAAAGCUAUUCUGUAUCCCAAAGCCAGAAGUCUCAAAGAUGGCAGCCUUCAGCCACUCGUUGGAUACAAGGUGUUCAGAUCUCAGAUUCUGCUGCAUCACAGGGUAGCUCUACAUCUCAAAGCUCUCCGAUACAGUUCUCUUCCCUGUCAUCUGCAGGUGGCUCACCUUCAGGAGUUUCUGGUCAGUUUGUUUCUGCACAGGGUGGUGGUGCCAGUUACAGUGGCUCUUUCCAAUCUCAAGGCCUCUCUACCAAGUAUAACCCUGGGUCCCAGCUCUAUGAUCUAAGUGCUGCCAGUCAAGGUACAUCUAGUGCUUCAGCUUCUAAAGUCUUGAGUGGCUACAGUUCAAUGUAUAACCAGAAUGCUCCUGCUCAACCAUCCUACAGCUCAUCUCCAAGCCACUUUUACUCUGUUAAAAUGUAGCCGAAUGCAAAUGUCUUCCAGAAUUGGGUAACUAAUAAAUUGUUUGAAGCAAAGCA